AGUCAAAAAAUGGCAAUAACAUAUAUUUCUACAAAUUCUGAAAAACUAAAUAAUUCAGUAGAAAGAGGAUUAUCUGCUAAAAUAGAAGGAAAGAAUAAUAAUCGUUUUUCUAAUAAAAAGAUAAAAAUAAUUGCAUUGACAUUUAUUGGAAUUUGUUUAUUUUUGGCUGUUAUUAUUUGGGGGGUUUGUAGGUUUAAUUCCUCAUCUUCUCCCAAUAAAAACAAAACAAUAUCUGUACCUAUUAAUUUAUACAAAACUUCAAUUUUACAUAUUUGGUUAAAAACUAGAGAAGAAAACCAACUAAAAAAAGCAAAUAUAAAAAUUAAAAAUGAACAAAUAAAUUCAACAAUUGCUGAAACUAAUAAAUUUAAAUCUUUUGUUUUCUUUGAAUUAUCCCCACAAAUUGAAGGAAAUGCUUUUUUGGAAUGGUUUAAUGGAGAUACUUGGGUAUCAUAUAUUUAUGUUUAUGAACCAGAAUCAGUUCUAGAAUUGGGUAUUCGUCCAGCAUUUAUUGCCAAUGCAGCUAGAAAUCCGGAGGUUCCAGAAGGUUAUCAUUUCCGUCCUCCAACUGGUUGGAUGAAUGAUCCUAAUGGUUUUAGCAAAUUUGGUCAACAUUUCCAUUUAUUUUAUCAAAAUUAUCCUCAUGCAUUAAAAUGGUCUCCAAUCCAUUGGGGACAUGCAGUUAGUCGAGAUUUGGUUAAUUGGGUACAUCUUCCAAUAUUUUUAUUGCCUGAUCCUUCACUUGAUGCAAAUGCAACUGGAGGAAUAUUUUCUGGAUCAGCAAUAUCCUUCCCUAAUGAAUUAAGAAUAUUCUAUACAGACUCUUUAAUUGGAAGAAUUCCAAUGGAAUUCCAAAAAAUGGUUACAACAAUUAAUGGAAUACAUCCAAAUGAAAUAUCAAAAACUGUUAUUCCUGAAGGCCCUCAGAAACUUAAUUUAACUCAAGACUUUCGUGAUCCAAACGGUAAUAAAUUGAAAAGAGGGGAUUAA